GUGGGGAGAUAGAUAUAUAUGAACAACAUUCAAAUGAUUUCUUAGUUGUAGCCAACGCUCGUUCAUCCCAAUUACAGGCGUUUUUGUUUACUACCCUAAUAUCAUGAGCUUCUUUCGCAAUUUCUAUUCAUGAUGCCGGUCGAUAGAAGAAAACUGUGCGUGUUCGGGGGCGCAAUCGCUCUCCGCGUUCUUCUAUUUACACUUUUCCCGACGCUCCCAGACCUUCUGACGGGUCGAGUGGAAGUUUCUACACCGGUCAGCAGCUUUAAGAGGCUCCAAGAAGGUGUCUUUCUAUACACUCGAAACGUCAGCCCCUAUGACGGCGGAGUGUAUCACCAGGCCCCGAUUCUUCUACCGAUAUUUGUUCUCCUCCCCCGGUCUGCUAGCCAUCCUCUCCUCACCGGUCUGGUAUACAUUCUCCUCGACCUUCUGAAUGCCGCGGCUUUGAUUAGCAUAUCGAACUCCGCUGAAUCCGUUGUGUCUCGACUUUACAUGUCCCCACGGAAACAUAUUAAAUGGGAUGGAGUUUCAAUUGCUGCAGGGUACCUAUUCAAUCCAUUUGUAAUCGCGACAUGUCUGGGCAGAUCGACCAACAGUUUCACCAAUUCCGCAAUCCUAUAUGCGAUCUCGAAUGCAGUUGCGGGUAAUACUUUCAAUUCCAUGUUCGCACUGGGAUUCGCUUCCUAUCUAUCGCUUUAUCCUGCUCUCGUAUACCCGCCUCUCAUUCUGCUCUGCUACGACCGAAAUGUAUCACAAGGCAAGUUCACAGGCAGUUCUCUCGCCUAUGCACUAAAAUACUUUCUCCUAUUUGCCACGAGUGUUAUGGUACUCCUCUACAUGUCUUAUAUCAUUACUGGUAAUUCAUGGGAGUUCAUAUCUGCGACGUAUGGGGUUCAACUCCUGGUGCCUGAUUUGACGCCAAAUGCCGGUCUUUGGUGGUAUUUCUUGAUUGAGAUUUUCGAUCCGUUCCGAGAAUUUUUCCUGGGUGUUUUCUGGUUACAUCUGGCAUCGUACCUUGGAGCUUUCACCGUUAGGAUGAGGACCCAGCCGCUCUUCGUGAUCACCGCGAUCCUUGGAAUAUUUGCGAUUUUCAAGCCGUACCCAAGCAUUUCUGACGUAUCCAUCUACUUUGCGCUUCUACCCCUAUACCGCCAUAUUUUCCCGUUAAUGCGUUAUACGUUUUUCGCUGUUGCCGCCUUGCUAUAUGCAACGCUUCUUGGCCCAAUAUUCCACCAUUUAUGGAUAUACGCUGGUUCGGGCAAUGCCAACUUCUUCUAUGCGAUAACCCUAGUCUGGAGUUUGGGGCUCUCAAUCCUCGUCGCAGAUUCGAUAUUCGCCGUCCUUCGCGAUGAGUGGGAGAAGAGCCGGCCAGAUAUGAAAGGGAAAUAUGCCAAGCAAAUAUAACAUCGUGUCUGGCAAGCUCUCCAACAACCAUGGGAAGAAAUCCACUGGCCUUAUUUUCACUCACCAGACAACAUCUAUAUUAUUUGUGUCAUGCUUUGUUGUCUGUGUGUUGUCAAUGACCUUAGAUAAUAUCAUAUAGUCGUAUUCCCUUAUAUGUCCGUUCCUAAGUCUCAUCGGUUUGGGAGAAAACUCAUCUUCCUCGUAUCCCAGCCGUUCAUAGAAGCGAAUGGCAGGCCCAUUGGCUUUGAAAACCGUCAACAUGGUCUUCUGCAACCCGAUGUUCCGUCCUAUCUCUUCAUAAUAUCCAAGUAAAAUCUUCCCCAGCCCCCUGUGUUGUAGCUCCGGCGCAAGGUGAAUCUCGUAGCAAUAUAGUACUUCAAUUUCAUCUUCGUAUGUAACCAUGAACGAUAGGAAGCCCCCCAGCUUCCGCCCGCCCAUUUGAGAAGUUUGUACCUCCUUGUCUAAAA